UGUCAAAAGAGUAAACAAGUGCAAGUCCGGGGUGGACCACAGGAGAGAUAAUCACUUAAGAGUUCUGGACUUGCUUUAAGAGGUCGCUCUUAAACUGUUUAUCUAAACUGAAUACCUAUAGAACCCGAUUUCUUUUAUGAAUAUAAAGCAAUGCUUCCUAAGAAACAACGUUCCAUGAGUAUUUCGCCAAUUUCUCGACGAAGUAUCGUUAAGUCUGACAGGCGUUACAAUUAACAUACGAAAGGAAAUGAAAUUGAAAAUCAUUAAACGCACGCUGCUCACCUGUUAGACGAACGUAUGGAAAUUAAAACCGCGUUCGGACACUGACUUUGGAUUCCGUUUCGCUUGUUAGAUGUGACUAACCCCUAUCACGAACGUAAGUAUCUACCAGACCAAUAUUCGAUUGAAUCUUGGUAAGAAGAAGUCGAUAUGCAUAUGAAGCCGAAAUGUAUUGGACCUGAAAAAAACUUAUCAUCCAAUUAGUACUGUCGAGUUCAACCGAGAGGUUUCGGUGAGUUUAAGCGCCGUGUCACACAAGUGGCUAUGAAAAGGCGGCACCACUUCGUAUGUGAAUAGUUUCACGAGGGUGUGACAACACCACCAUCACCUUCCUAAGCAGUAUAUCUAUCGCCUCUGGCCGGUGAUUGCGUGUGUGCGUGAGUUAGGACCUUCAGGAGAAAUGUUACAGAAUUACCGUCACCAGCUACACUCUUUCCUUUUAACUCAAGGUCCACUCAUUCGUCUGUGCCUACGGUUGACCGUCUUGCUGGUUUUCACUGUAUUCUGCCUUUCCAAAAUAUAUUCAUUUUCUGACAGUGUCAAAGAUCACCUUUGGAAUCCAUUCCGAGCGAAGAAGACCCAGAACGGGGAGUCACAGCACAGAGAUGUUGCCCAUAACUUACCCCCUCGGGAAGACGACGAUGAGAUCCUGAAUGAAGAUCCUAGGUACCCAAGAACGCGGGACUGGCUGUACGACCACAUCUAUUAUUCUUUUUACGACGGCAACCGAGUGUACACCAACCAAGAAUACACCGGAGGAACGGUCUCUCGCAACACUCAUCACGAUGAACAACUCAUGCUCUCACAGGUUCGAGAAAGAGCCUACAAAUUCUUUAGCACCAAGUCCCCAGGAAAAUACUCGAAGGAAAACUGCAACUCCAUAAGGUAUCGCACAAUUCCGACUGUUGGAAUCGAAGCAGACGUCACUUGUAAUGACACAGCUUCUAUGUCAGUGGACAGGCUGAGUAUCAUCUUACCACUGAGACCACCCAAGGUCACCUAUCAUCAUGCAGUCCCUCCUACGACGACAAUCAACAUUAUUAUGCCUCUAAGAGGCAGACAGGACAGCCUACAGCUCUUCAUGACGAAUCUUGUCCAGGUCUUGCUUGACAGUCAUAUCAGAGUGGGACUCACCCUCGUCUACUUUGCUGACGGGAAUGAAGAGAGUAUACGAAAAAUCCUCAAGGAUUCAGAAGCAGGGAUUACUAGACUAAAGACACAAUUAAUCCUUUUGGAAAGUACGGAAUUUUCCCGGGGCAAGGGCCUACAGGAGGGCGUGGAACGGACCGAAUUCUCAGGGGAAAUCCUCUUCUUCUGUGACGUGGAUGUUCUCUUCACGAGCGCUUUUCUAACCAGAUGUAUCUCGACUCCUGUUAGGGGUCAUCAGGUGUUCAUCCCUAUGGUGUUCUCACAGUACAACCCGGAGUUUGUGUAUCCACUGCACAAACAUCGGAUUCCUCCUCCACUGAAACAAAUGGAGGUGAAAGAUGAUCACGGAUACUGGAGAGUCUGGGGACAUGGAAUGGUGUGUGUCUAUAAAGAGGACUUCCUCAAAAUAGGAGGUUUUGACAAAGACCGCACCGGUUGGGGAGGAGAGGACCUCGCUUUCGUCAGGAGAACCAUCAAUGCUGGAGAUUAUAAAAUCGUAAGAUCCUUGGAACCUGGCCUUUUCCACCGGUACCACAAGAAAGAAUGUGAUGUCGCUGGUAAAUACUACUCAUGCUUGAAGAUGAAAGCAUCGAACGAGGCCUCAAAACAAGCCUUUGGAUUUUGGUACUUCCGGCAACAAGAAGGCCUCUCAGUGUAUGGCGCCUUGGCCGAGGGUAACCAACCCCACUACCACGACGAAGUCGAGAUAGACCCGAGGGAAACGAAAGCAGAAGCUUUGUACAUCCCAGAUAGCAUAGAGGUGGUAUCCCAAUACCGAUCUCUGUGGGAUGGCCUAUGCUUGCUUGUUUUACUGUCCGUCAUUGGACUGGAUAUGUUCCUCAUGGUACAGAACUUGCAACUCUCAAGACAAAUGGGGUUGGCAAAGGAUGUCUAGUAAUUGUCAGUGAAAAGUUUGCCUAGGCGACAAGUGCUGUCUGUAUAUAGCUAAUCAACAAAGAACAUGUAAAUGAAAGGUUGGUUUCAUUCCUCAUUAAUUACCACACACCACAAUAUCUUCACUGUUAAUUGGUAUUAGUACUUCCUCAUCCAAGACUGCCCUUAACAGUUCCCGUAUCCAUUCUUCCCAGUCUAUACUAAGUACCUUCAACAUUUCAAUUUGCAUCUCAGAUGGGCCUGAUGCUUUGCCAUUCUUCAUGUCAAUCAUAGCCUUCCUUCCUUCAGUAUAUUGUAUCAAGAUCAUUAUGACUCCCUACCAGUAAGUUCUGAUGUAGGCUAUGUACUUUAUUCACAAAAGUGCUCAAUGAAUUGUUAUUAGAAUAACUUGAAAAUGAAUAAAACGGACAGGACUGACCACUAACAGUCAGUCGAAUUUUGGAGUUAAAUUGUGUACAUAUUUGAGAUUGUAUGUUCAUUUUAAUGGAAAAUUAUAAACAAACGUUCGUAUGGCAUUGGAUAACCCUCUAUCGCCAGUUUUCUCAAAUUUAUAUAUGGAGUUCUUAAAAAAGUAAAAAACAUAUUUCUGAGACUAUUUAUCCUACACUGUGAUUGCUGUAUGCAAAUGAUACAUUGGCUAAUAUACCUAAAGACAUAUAUGUGUAAAUAACCUUUUGAAAACAAUUGAAUGAACAAGUAUGUAUGUCUUUUUUUAACAAGUAUGUCUUUUUUACAGCUCCCCAAUUCCUUCAUUAAAAUACUUUAUAUCAAGUUUUUAUUUGGUAUAAAAUCCUCAAGAUGUUGUUUUCAUUGUUGCCUUAUGUAGUUUUACAGCUUAGUCGUGGCAUGUGCUAAAAUCUACAGUUGAAUAGUUCAUCGUUUCACCAACAAAAAUUAAAAUAAAUACACUAUAUUUUAACUCAAUACAAAACACCUUUUU